AUGGAAGAAUUAGGCAUACAGACAAAAAUUCCCCUGACCUCUAACUUCAAGAAGUUGACCAUAGAGAGCGAUCUCCCCAAGGACCACGAUGUAUAUCUUAGACUCAAACAAUUACAGAAGCAAUUGGAAUUGAUUUUGCUUCAAGAGGAGUACAUCAAGGACGAACAACGUCAUCUGAAAAGAGAACUCAUCAGGGCUCAAGAAGAGGUCAAACGAAUUCAGAGUGUUCCAUUGGUGAUUGGACAGUUCUUGGAGCCUAUUGACGAACAUACAGGUAUAGUUAGUUCCACCACAGGCAGUAACUAUGUGGUACGAAUUCUCAGUACCUUGGAUCGUGAAUUGCUCAAACCAUCAUCGUCGGUAGCGUUACAUCGUCAUUCCAAUGCACUGGUAGAUAUUCUACCUCCGGAAGCAGACUCUUCGAUCUCAAUCGUAGGAGAGAACGAAAAACCAGAUGUCACUUAUAAUGAUAUUGGUGGGCUGGACAUACAGAAACAAGAAAUUAGAGAAGCUGUUGAGCUACCAUUGACCCAGUCGGAUCUUUACAAACAGAUAGGUAUUGAUCCACCAAGGGGUGUACUGUUGUACGGUCCUCCUGGGACAGGAAAGACAAUGUUGGUCAAAGCAGUAGCCAACUCAUCCACCGCUUCCUUCAUUCGUGUUGUGGGAUCAGAAUUCGUACAGAAAUACUUGGGUGAAGGUCCCAGAAUGGUGAGGGAUGUUUUCCGUUUAGCCAGAGAAAACUCACCGGCUAUUAUCUUUAUAGAUGAGAUUGAUGCCAUUGCUACAAAGAGAUUUGAUGCCCAAACUGGUGCUGAUCGUGAAGUUCAAAGAAUUUUGUUGGAAUUGUUAAAUCAAAUGGAUGGUUUCGAUCAAACCUCGACCGUAAAGGUUAUCAUGGCUACGAACAGAGCAGACACUUUAGACCCUGCACUAUUGAGACCGGGAAGAUUGGACAGAAAGAUUGAAUUCCCCAAUCUUAGAGACAGGAGAGAACGUCGUUUGAUAUUUUCGACAAUUGCUUCGAGAAUGUCAAUUUCCCCAGAAGUUGAUUUAGAUUCGUUGAUUAUUCGAAAUGACCCAUUGAGUGGUGCCGUUAUUGCUGCGAUUAUGCAGGAGGCUGGUCUGAGAGCUGUUAGAAAGAACAGAUAUGUCAUCAUUCAAAGUGAUCUAGAGGAAGCUUACUCUUCACAAGUUAAGACUGGUUCCGACGUCGACAAGUUCGAGUUUUACAAGUAA